AAAUAUUUUAUAUGGUUGCCACCUUGAGUGUCACUUCCUGUGACGGUACCUAACACUACUACAGUUAACCUUACUCUUACAAUAUGUAAACAUGCGACUUAAUAGUUUAUUUCCUUUAAUCAACAGGUGUAAAAUGUGUAUCAAACCUCUUCUAUUCCAUUUGCAGUGUCGGUAUUUUAAAAUUAACAAUUAUGGGAAAUGUUCAGCAUUUAACAAAUUUAUUUCAACCAGUGCUGCUCAUCAUCUUCGAAUACCAGCGCAAGACGAAACUCCUUCUGAUGACGACACUGCUGAGAUAGACGACUCAUACUUAAACAUAACGACAUACGAAGGAUAUGCCCGUGAUUUAUUAUUUAAAAAUUCCAAAGACUUACUACUUCGACACAUUUACCAUUGUGCGUCAGUGCAAGAACUUUUAAGUGUAAUAGAUAAAAAUUUAAACCAUUUUGAACAUGAACACAUAACUCAAACUGUAUUUGUUCUACAUGAUUUGCAGAGGAUAUAUCAAGACUUCUCUUCAAGCAAAACAAAGAAUUUAAGUCAGUCAGCAAAUGAAUUUUUUGAAAAACUUCAAAAAGAAGAUCAUUUUCAGAAACUGCUGACUUUAACUGAAACCAAGGUACAUCAUUUUGAUUCUCGUACUCUAAGUUAUUGUGCUCUUUACCUUAAUAAAUUAGGAUUAACUAUUGACACAAAGACGAUGCAGUUGUUGUGUGACACACUCAAGAAAAAGCUGUUGGAUAAAUUUUCUUUAGCGUCGACAACACGAUUUUUAGAAACUGUUUUUAGUGAAACUAGUUUGAGACCUUUUUUCAUGUCUCAAGAACUUAUGCCUUUAGUCUUUAAAGAAAUUGAAUUAUGUGCAUCAAUAGAAGAUUUAAGCAACAUUAGCGUAAGUUUAAACAAGUUGCACAGAGUCGUUACUGAGGAAUCUUUAGAUCAGUAUAAAACAAAAGUUGAGAGUCUCAUUGCAAAUGGGUUUCUUACAUCUAAACAUUACAAAGUAGUACUGCAAAUAAUUUCGUUUUUAAAUUAUCCAAAAUGGAGGGACAAAAAUACGGUGCUUAUAUCAAAGUGCGUGUCAUUAGUAAAGGAUGAUGUAAAUAAUUUUAAUUUGAAUGAAGUCCUAAUCUUAUGUGAGAUUCUUUUCAAAAUACAGGAACCAAGUUCUGUGCUCAAUGACUUACAACGUUGUUCCUAUAAAUAUUUUUACCAACUGGAAGAUUUUCCCACAACACAAAAAAUAUCGCUUUUAUCAAUACUAGUUUUUUUUACUGCUCCACAUAUGAGAAGCAAUUUCCACAAGAAAUUAAAAAAAUAUGUAAAUGAGUGUGAAAAUUAUGAAAAUUUACUCGUUUUGAGAAAACUUUUAUCUUACUUGAAAGUUUCAGAUGUAAGUCUGUGUAACUUAUACUGGGAAAAAAUGCUAAAUGUUGUAAAAACUGAACAUCGACAUAUUGAUAUCUUACAAAUAAGCCAGAAUUAUGUAAGUUUUAGUAGCGAUAUUGAUAAUUACCGACAUUUAGAAUUUGAAACUGAAAUGCUAAAACACCUGUCUAAUUUAAUGAAAGAAGUAAAUUGCGAAUUUUUCCCCCAAAAAAUUGCCAGUAUUUUAAGUUUCGUUUUACUGUAUGGUAAUGACUUGUCUGUACUAGAAUAUUUAGUGACAAAAAUUGAAAACAACUGGCACCAGUUGAAACCUAAUGAUUGUCUAAAGUUAGCAUACACGUUAAGGUUGUUUAACGAAACGGAUAAAAAAUAUAUCAAGUUAUCAUAUGCUCGAAGAAUUGAUGAAGCACUCAGUCAGUACAUUUUAAAGGAAAGUGCAAGUCACCAUCAAGAUCUAUGGAAAAAUAAUGCAUUGUUAAAAUCUUGUGUUUAUAAAAACAAAGUCAACAUGAGCGAAAUUACUAGCUUGCUGCACAUCUAUAAAAAUUUUCAAUACAUAUCUUCCAAAAACAUGGAAAAUCUCUUUUAUUGUUUUUUGAUGACAAACACGUUAUUUCCGGAGCUUCUCGAGAAUAUGAUCAAAUAUAUACUGACAUAUAAGGACCAUAUUCUGGGAUUUAACGCCGGAAGAGUUUUAUAUUUAUCUUAUUCUCUUGGUUAUCAUCCUAAAAAUACAACAGAAUUUUGUGCUUCCGUUGUGGAUAUUAUAAUUAGAGAUCAAAAACGGAUGACUGGUUUAUCUAUAAUUUACAGCGCUUUGGCGUUAUGUUUUUACAAUAAGUUACCAAACUCUAUUAUAAAAUCAAUUUUUAAUGUGGAAUUUAUGGACAAGCUUGAUAGUGAAUUACAACAAUGUUAUUCAAAGGAUAAAUAUCCCAAUAGAGUCCGCAAUUAUUUAAUGCGGUUAAACAGGGCCGUGUGUUUGGAUUAUCCCGAAUGUAAUGUACCCUGGUUUCAUCAAAAAUACGUUGAUGAAAAUAUUAAAGGAAAAAAUAGGCAGCCCAGUUUUUUUACUUUAAAAAUAAGAGAACAUUUAUUAAGAAUAAUUCAAAACAAAGACGCCCUUUCUGAAAAUGUUGUAACUCCUUAUGGAUAUCAAAUAGACUUUGUAAUCAACUUAAAUUCCAAAGAUGAAGUAGUACACAAUGAAUCAGAGUGUGUGAAGAGACUAGCUUUGUUGUUGACCCCGGAAUAUGCCUACACUACAAUAACGUCCCAAUUAAAGGGUAGCUUUCAGCUAAAGAAAAGACAUUUGGAAAUGUUAGGAUACAAAGUGGUUUUUGUUAAAUCCAGUGAUUGGAUUGGUUUGUAUUACACAGAGGAUCGAAUAGACUAUUUAGAACAUUUAAUAUGGCCAAAGAAAUUUAGUGAAAUAAAGACACAAACUUUCAGGUGAUAA